ACGCUGACGCCGUCGGUCUCACGUUCCGGGAUAGGAAAAAGACGUGAACUCGGACAGGUGCGCUUCUCGCCCUUCCCGAGGAGGUGAAGGAAAUACCGCGAGCAACUCCAGCGCUUUGGCCUCCCUCAUGGCGGAGCCGAUGAGGGUUCGCGUGGAGUUCGAGGACCGCCGCCUGCUCACCAAGUCCCAGCGGAAGGACGGCCUCCGCCGCUGCUGGAUCCUCCUCGGCCCCCACCUGCCCACCGUCGCUGACCUCGCCGCCCACCUCGCCCGCACCUUUGCCCUCAACCGCUCCUGCCCGCGCGGCAUCCGCCUCUACAUGGAUGAAUUUGUCUUACCUCCAUUUGAAUCAACCAGUAUCUUCAGGGACAAGGAUAUCAUCAGGGUGAGCAAGAAGGCUGUUAAACAGAGGCAGCUUCUUGGGACAUGUAACAGUGCAUAUUGCAUGCAAGAUUCUGAGAAUGUUGUGGAAGAAAGCAUGCAUAUUGAUAAUAACCUUCUCGUUCAUCCAGAUCUCCCCGUGAACUCAUGGACUAAGAAAAGAAAAAAAAGAGGGGGUAGCUGUGAUUUUCAACAGAACACAACAAACAUCCAUGCAAUUUUGAGUGAAGAGACAAAUUUGAAAAAAAAGGAGCAUAUGAACAAGACUCAGAUGUUGAAGAGGAAGAAAUUAAAUCGAAGCAACACUGAAAAGCCUAUCAUAACUGCUGAGCCAGAUGAGAAUGUCCUAUUCGAAAAGAAUGAACACUUUGUUCAGAAGAGAAGCAGCUUAAGGAGAAUUUUAAAUAGGAAAGAUGGGACAUCUGAUGGAGAUGGCAGAUGUGAUUCACUCAUUUCAAACAGGCUUCAUCAGGCGCAUUCAAACUAUUGUAGAAAUCAGCCUGAAUCUCAUGCUAAUUGCAAGGCAGAACGGAGUGAAUACCCUUUGCUUGUGGAUGUCAGUUUGCUGAAAACAAUUUCUACAAGUGACAUGCAAGGUGAUGGAAGUAAGAUAGCAACAUUGGUAAACAACUGGGAAGUAGCAGUAUCAGUCGCAAGUGCUAAGGAGUCGAGUACUCAUGUCACAGAGCCCAUGCCAAAUUCUGACUGGGGGCAAAUGCAGCCGGGUUUGGGUGAGAGAAUGAAGACUCAGCUUCAAGAGAAUAGAUGGGAUUGCUGGAUAGCAAAUAAGAUUAGUGCAACUCCCUGGCCAUGGGCAGUGAGUGGGAGAGGUGCAGUAGCGACUGCUGAUGGAUCUUUUGGAGGAAAAUGGGGCAAUCAGGCUCCUGCCAAGUAUGUUACUAAUCUCAAAUCUUCCAAAUCUUAGUAUUUUAUGAUCUUUGUUGCCCAGAUCAAUUUCAUUUAUGUAUAUGUUUUAGUAGUAUGUCAAUACGUUAGGAAUCUGAGUUCUGGAAUUUGUUAGGGAUUACGCGAGUAGUUUAAGCUAAAUCUGGGCUCCUUUUGUUUAAAAAUAUCAUAUUUUCUGCAUGAGAGAUAAUGUUGAAAUGUGAUGUCUGUUUUCUUCUCAUUUUUGAACUGUUUGUUUUGAUAAGUUACUGUAGUAACUUCUGUUUAAUUUACGUUAAGUACCGAUUUGUUCUCUCGUAUUAACUGUAAUUAUAAUUGAAUAUCGCAUAAUCGAGGAUUUAUGUGCAGUAGCCUAAAUUUGAUCUAUCUAGAAGAAUGAAAUUGAUGUGGGAUCAAAAUCAAAUAAAUGGGAUUUUUUGUGAUAUAACAAAAUUUUCAUCAAAAUAAAAAAAAGGGAUAAAUCCACAGAUAGGCUGAGACCAUUAUGCUCAAUCCUUGAUAACCCAAAUCAUAAAGAAACAUAUAUUAAAGAUAAGGAUCCGCUCUCUACCAAUGAAAAGAAAGCUCACAACAGUACGCAAAACAUAUCCAUCCACAUAACAUCCUUUUGCAAUUUAAAAGAUGGCCUUACCAAUUACCAUAAUCAUAAGAUUUGGCCACCACACAGAGAGGCCUUUUCCUAUGCACUGCCAUUCCAAACGCCUCCUCCACAUCCAACUCCUCUCCCUUUCCCAGCCGCGCCUCCCCAUCGAAGCAGUACAACAGAUUGGCCAAGACCAGCUCCACCACCGCCAACCCGAAGUUGAUGCCCGGGCAGCUCCUCCGGCCGACAGGGGACGAACCCGAAGCACUCUCCCCAUCUGACGUCGCCGUCUCCGACAUCGCCACCGCUCGAGAACCUCUCCGGCCGAAACUCCUGCGGGUUGCUCCAGCUGGCGGGAUCCGUGCCGAUGGCCUUGGCAUUGACGAAGACUCUCGUACCCGCGGGGAUCUCGUAGCCGCCUACGGCGCAGGCCUCGGUGGUCUCGCGACGCAGCAGAAGCGGAGCCGGGGGGUGCAGUCUCAGGGACUCGUUGAUGACCCGCUUCAAGAAGGGGAGGUCGUGGAGGUCGGUUUCGUCCACCGUACCCUUCUUCCCCACCGCAUCUCGCACUUCUUUCUGCGCUCGAGCCAUCACUCUCGGGUUCCUCAGCAGCUCCGUCAUCGUCCAUAUGAUGGUCGCCGCAGACGUUUCGGUGCCGGCGGUAAAUAUGUCCUACCAAACGAAAAUUUUGUUUUCUCCGUCAUUCUCGAUGUGUGUGUGUGUGUGUGUGUGUGAGAGAGAGAGAGAGAGAGAGAGAGAGAUCGCGUUCAUGAAUGGAGAGGAAAGAAACGGUACCGUGAGAAGACCCUUGAUGUGAUCCAUACGGCCGAAGGUGUUCCUCUGCGUUGGAUCCUCUCGCAGCCGAAGCAGUACCUGCACCAAGUCUCAGUGCUCCGAUGUGCAGUCUCCUCUGAGGUGCUCCUCGAUCACUUGGCUGUAGAUAUCAUCCAACUCCCCGAACACCCUCUCCACCCUUGCCCGAAGCCCGUCCAACCCAUGAAUCCACCGCAACCACGGGAAGAUGUCCCCGGCGCAGAAACCCCCCAGCACGCUCUGCAUCUCCUCCAGCACCCGAUGCAGCCUCCCGCUCCCGGCGGCUUCGAACCUGUCGCCGAACGCCGCUCGUCACGUGACGGCGUUCGUUACCGACAGCACCAUCUUGCUCAGAUCGAUAGGGGACGACGACGAAGAGGGAGCGAGCCGCCGGAUCGAGGCAACCAGAGAUGCCACCUCCCGCUCCCUGACGCCGCGGAAGGAUCGUACCCGCUUGGCGCUAAGCAGCUCCACCAUGCACACCUUGCGCGCCUGCCGCCAGUACUCCCCGUGCGGCGCGAACGCCACGUCCCGGAGGCCGUAGGACAGCCUUUCCGCCGCGUACAGCGCCGGCCUGCCGGCGAAGGCGAGGUCGUGGGCCCUGAAGGCCUCCCGGGCGACGUGGGCGGAGGAGAUGACCACGGUGGGGAUGGAGGCGAGCUGGAGGAACAUGAGCGGGCCGUGGCGCUCGGCAAGCGCGCGGAGGGUGAGGUGAGGAUUUGCCCCGACCUGGUGGAGGUUGCCGACGACGGGAAGCCUCCACGGCCCCGGCGGCAGCCUCGAUCUCUUCCUCCUUCCUUGCUUUAUGAGGAAGAAUAGGAGAGGAAGGGAGAGAAGAAGGCAUAAGAUUACGGCCACCAUUCUAGUCCUUGUUGCAGCAAAUUCUGGUGUGAGAUGAAGGGCUGAUUCCCAAGUUUCAAAGACGAGGAAGCAAAAGCUAGCCGGCAGAGCUCGCGAGGAAGUACGCUCGCAGCGCAAGAGCUAAGAAAAAGAAGUAGCUCCUGACACGUGUUACCUGGUUGUUACCUGGUUGUCUACUACUUGACAUGUAAUUAGUGGUCAAUGGGGUUACGUCGCCACUGCUAUUCAAUCAUCCAUCUACUUGUAAGGGAGGAAGUAAGCAUGCAGCGUACAGAGCCAAUGAUAAGAAGUCGUUCCUUA